AUCUCAACCUCACCAGAGACUGAGACCCUUGACCAGCUCGAUCGGACACGUUGUGAUUCAGCUCUUUCGCACGAGCCUGCGCCAUGGCUGAGCCAGUCUACAAUGCCUCCAUGCCCGAGGGCGGCGAUCCGACCAAGGUCGACGUGAACGCGCAAUAUACAGGCUUCGAGUACAACUACACCUACAUCAUCACCUGUGUCUUCGUCGUCUUCCUCAUCCUACCCGGGAUUGGGCUGCUCUACGGCGGUCUGGCGCGGAGGAAACACGCGCUAGCCUUGCUAUUCCAGUCGUUCAUGGUUCUUGCGGUAUCCACGUUCCAGUGGCUAUUCUGGGGCUAUUCUCUUACCUAUUCGAGAGAUGGAGGCCCUUUCAUCGGCACGCUCAAGAACUUUGGCCUGAUGGAGGUCAUGGUGGCGCCCUCGCCCGGCUCCGCCGUGAUCCCGGAGGUCGUGUUCUGUCUGUUCCAGCUCCUCUUUUGCGCAUGCACAGUGAUGAUCGUCGUUGGAGGUGCAUUCGAAAGAGGUGGCAUCAUGCCGUCUUUGGUCUUCAGCUUCUUCUGGGCCACCCUUGUGUACUGCCCCCUAGCCCGGUGGACAUGGAGCAGUAACGGGUGGCUAUACAACCUGCCGGCGAUCGAUUUUGCGGGCGGCGGUCCCGUGCAUAUUGCCUCUGGCUGCGCAGCCUUGGCAUACGCUUUGAUUUUGGGCAAACGUCGGGGCUAUGGAGAGCCUUCACUCCGCAAACCGCACAACACGACGUUGGUAUUUAUCGGAACCGUGCUGAUUUGGACUGGGUGGUUAGGGUUCAACGGCGGUUCGAGUCUGAAUGCGAGCAUGCGCGCCAUGGUGGCCGUCUUCAACACAAACACCGCAGGGUGUAUGGGGAUCCUCGGAUGGGUGAUCGUCGACAUGAUCAAGCACAAGGGCAAGUACACAUUGGUUGGUGCGUGCGAAGGAGCCAUCGCCGGUCUGGUCGGGAUCACUCCAGCUGCCGGCUGCGUGUCCCUGUGGCUCGCCGCAUGCAUUGGCUUCAUCACCAGCGUCGUCUGUGCCUCUCUGCAGAACGUGAACGAAUGGAUUGGCGUGGACGAGGGUCUGGAUGUAUUCAAACUACAUGGCAUUGGUGGUAUGGUGGGUGCUUUCUUGACAGGCUUGUUCGCGAGCGAGAAGAUCUCGGCUCUGGAUGGGAGCUCUCUGUCACCUGGCGCCAUUGAUGGGAACGGGAUCCAGGUGGCCAAGCAGCUAGCGGAGAUUUGCGCCAUCGCCUCAUACUCGUUUGUCGUCUCCUCCGCGCUGCUACUGAUUCUUAAAUAUAUCCCGGGCAUGCACCUGCGGGUGGACGAGGAGGAUGAACUGCUGGGACUCGAUCGAACUCUGUUCUUCGAUGAGCAGAUCGGGGACUGGUCCAUGACUGCUCACGCUCACGGCAGUACUAGCCCGACCUUGAUCGGGGUAUCGAAGGAUUCAUCUGCCUCGGUCAAGGAGUGUCGAGAGAGGAAGACCAGCGAUGUAUAGAACAGAUAGAGUAUUUUAGAUCAAUAUUGUUCCCUGGUUCAUCUGCAGGUUGACGUAACGAUACGGCGAUCUGCUCAAUUCGGGUUGAA